AUGGCUAUGACCAUCCGUCGCGCCGCGUUCCUCUGCGUGCUCUGGGCGGCCGCCACCGCCGCCGCCGACGAGGACGGCUUCGACCCGGACGGCCGCAACCUCACCUUCACGGCGGCGCCGGUGCCCACCAUGUUCAACAACUCCACGGCCCAAGAGAAAAAGCCGCUCUUCCCCGAGGACCUAUUCACGUCCGAGCAGCUCCGCCAGGGCGCCAUCGUGCUGCACGUCCUCGGCGUGGUGUACAUGUUCGUGGCGCUGGCCAUCGUGUGCGACGAGUUCUUCGUGCCCUCGCUGGACGUCAUCAUCGAGAAGUUGGACCUGCAGGACGACGUGGCCGGCGCCACCUUCAUGGCGGCCGGGGGCUCGGCCCCCGAGCUCUUCACCAGCGUCAUCGGCGUCUUCGUGUCCUUCGACGACGUGGGCAUCGGCACCAUCGUCGGCUCGGCCGUCUUCAACAUCCUCUUCGUGAUUGGGAUGUGCGCGAUCUUCUCUAGGACCGUGUUGACGCUCACCUGGUGGCCCCUGUUCCGAGACUGCUUCUUCUACUCGGUCAGCCUCAUUACGCUUAUCAUCUUCUUCAGAGACAACAGUAUUUACUGGUACGAGGCCCUCGUGCUGUUCAGCUUCUACGUGAGCUACGUCAGCUUCAUGAAGUGGAAUCAGCCCAUGGAGCGGCUGGUCAAGAAGCUCAUCUACAAGAACAAAGUGACGAGGGUGAGGAGCACCGACCAGCUCAUGCCAACGCACCAAGCGGCCGCUCAAGCUCUGCACGGCACCGUGGCUACGUCCAGCGAGACCAGCGUGGGCACGCAGCCGGGCGGCAGCGUCACCUCCCGCACCGCCUCCGAGACACCCCAGGCGCCGUCCACGACCAGCCACCACCACACUGGGGCCAAAUUCCGCCACGGCCUGCUCCAACUCAUGAUCCACACCAUUGACCCCAUGCACGAUGGUCAGUAUGCAGGCAAGGUGGACGAGAAGGCCACCCAGCUGCACGCCAUCGCUUCGCUGAAGGUGCUGCUGGACGCCACCAAGCCCCAGAACGGCGCCGCCACCAGCUCGGCGGCCAACCACGUCGCCGCGGCGACCAAGCAGGAGACCAUGCUGGCGCCGACCGACAUGCCAAACGGCGUCGCCAGCGCCCUUACGGACGUCAAUCUAGAUGCGCGGCGCAUGUCGUCGGUGCGUGCGCGUAAAUCACUGACCUCACAAGCAGUGGUGUGUCUGCAGGUGGGAGACGCCGACGAGGAGCCCCCCGAAGCCAUGGACAUGAGCUGGCCUUCUGGUACCCGCAAGAGGAUCACCUACGUCCUCCUAGCACCCAUUGUCUUCCCACUGUGGCUCACUCUGCCGGACACGAGAUCGCCUAGAGGUAAGAAGUUCUUCCCAGUUACGUUCCUGGGGAGUAUCGUAUGGAUAGCGGCGUACUCCUACCUGAUGGUGUGGUGGGCCGACAUGGUGGGCCAAACGGUGGACAUCCCGCCCGAGGUGAUGGGUCUCACCUUCCUUGCCGCCGGCACCUCCAUCCCCGACCUGAUCACCUCCGUGAUCGUGGCCAGGAAGGGCUUCGGCGACAUGGCGGUCUCGUCCUCUGUCGGCAGUAACAUCUUCGAUGUUACCGUCGGGUUACCAGUGCCUUGGUUGCUGUUCGGCAUCAUCAACGGAAAGCCCGUGGUGGUGAACUCCGGCGGGAUGGUGUGUUCCAUAACAAUCCUCUUCAUGAUGCUCAUAUUUGUCAUCAUGUCAAUCGCCUGCUUCCGAUGGAAGAUGAACAGGGGACUCGGUUUCACCAUGUUCUUACUGUACUUCGUAUUCGUGGCGGUGUCGCUGAUGUUCGAAUACGGCUAUAUAGUGUGUCCUGUCUAGAAUAAAGUACACAACACUAGGGACAUUGUUAUUUAAUAGGGAAAUUGUACUGAUCUAACUGACACCUAAUGCAACAAUAGAUGAUGAUCAAAGAAAUAGCGUUAAUGGGGAUAGGAGAUCCACCAAACGUUUGCGGGUCAUGUUCAUUUAUUUCAUACCAAUGGCAAUGGGACACUCAUUUUGGAUAAAAUAAUUAAUAAAAUAAUAUUCCUUUGUCAUUUUAAAGAAAUAAUGUAUAACCGGCUCUGUUGUCUGUUAUUGAUCGAUUCUCCUUAUUUAUUUGUAAAAUAAUCUUUCAAAAUGAAUGUCAGGACUUUUGAACUACCUCAAUAAUAACGGCACUAUAUACGCAAGUGAAAGCCAUGUCCUGUGCGCCCGCUGCUCUGUGCAAUUGUAUUUGUCUAUUCAGUAUGAUUAGAAAAUUUAGAUCAUAAAUGAACACGAUUUGUCGCAAAUUUUUGGUGUGAAGUAAUAUUUAUGUAAAACUAAAAUGUACAGUACUAGAUAAAAUAUUCUCAUCUUUUUUGCCCGGGUUCUACAUUAACAUAUCAAAAUUUUGAAGGAAAUCUGUUACGUUUCUCCAAUAAACUCACUUACACAAUACUACAAUCGAAAAUUCGGCGUCUAUUUUAUUUUAUAUAUUUACAAAAGGUCUGUAAGACCUACAGUGCGAAUUAGCUUUUAAACCUUUGUUUAAUUCUACUUCUUCCAUAGUCCUUUCAUUGGUCUUCAUCUUCUUCUACAUGCAGAAUAAGAACUUUGUUACUUACCUAAGAAGAGCAUUGUUUGUAGUGUUGAGUAAGUGGUAAACGUAGCUUAAAAGUAUAAAUUUCUCUAAUUGCACUUGUUACGUUACACAGACCUUCAGUAAAUUUCAAAUUAGAAACCUGUACUAUGUAAGAACCCGCGCUCAUUUGCUAUAACGCUAUUGGUGUUCAACGGGUAUGCACAAAAACAAUAUCGACUUCCAUUAUAGUGUGUUAUAGCAUAGAAAUAUCCCCGACCACGAUAGCAAUAAUAUCUAUUUAUUAAUAAUAGAUCUUAAACUACUGUUUUUUACCUAAGGGGACGUUUCAUACAAUAUUAGAACUAAAUUACCAAAAAAAACGAAAUAGAGAUGAUUGACGUAGAUUUUCAUUUCAGCUAUUUAUUUUAUAGAGGUUUUAUAGAGAAUUUUUUAACGAAAAUUUUGAUAAGAUGACGCGGAAGACAUCAAUAUGAAUAAACCACGGGGUGUUUUAAAUUUAGUGGUCGAUUUCUACCUAUUUCAUAACUCCAUGACGAAGCUUCUUUGCUCAAAGGAAAUACUUGCAAUAUAUAAUACUUUAAAUAAAAAUAUGACGCGCUAUUUAUUAGAAG